AUGAAAAGCAAAGUAAAUUGUAGGAGUGGGCAUUUUUUCCCGGAACCGGUGGAACCGGGCCGGAACCGUUUAAAACCGGCCGGUUCGGUUCCGGUUCUUCUAAAAAAUAAUUUGGUUUCGGGACAAAUUAUUAAGAACCAAUCGGUUCCGGUCCGGUUCUUGGUUCUAAUACGGGAACCGCGGAGAACCGAACGGAACAACUGGCAUCAUCGCAAGUCCAUCAUGGCCAGCUUGGUUAAGGUUGUAUACACACUAGAAAGUGAUCGCAAGCGAGAGCGACAAGACCAUCAAGCUCUUGCUCCUGAAUGGUGGAAAUCUUUCAAUUUUGAACUAAACCAAGUUCUAGAAGAUGAGCAGGACAAAUCAAUUUUUGGAGCUAUUUUCAAGUCCUGUCCUAACUACACAGGCCAAGGUCCCCCGAAAUACGUGAUCGCCUUCCGUGUUACGGUCAACAAACCGGAAAACGUGCCUCGAGAUUAUAAGCAGAAUCUUCAGGUUUUUCUCAAUGGACUCAAGAAAAGUCCGCGUGUUCGUGCUGGCAUGGAAACUGCUAUGAACAUUGUUCGAGAAGCAAAUGGCCCUGGAAAUGUCUGGUUAGCAGGACAUUCGGCAGGUUCAUCAGUAGCAUUACUAAUUGGGAGGAAAAUGAUGGAAGCGAAAUAUAGUCUCGAGACCUAUCUCUUUAAUCCGCCAUUCCUUUCUUUUCCAAUUGAACGGAUAAAAAGCGAGAAUUUGAAAGACGGUCUAAGAAUAGGAAAAAGUUUCCUCACUGCAGGACUAGUUUUUGUUGCCAAUGGAGGUCACCGGCCAACGCCUCGUGAAAAUGAUCCGUUUAACGUGUUAUCUACAUGGGCACCCCAUUUGUUCGUCAAUAAGUCCGAUCCCAUAUGUUCCAACUACGUUGGAUAUUUCGAACACAGAAAGAAAAUGAAGAGAAUGGGAUUUGGAAAAAUUGGAAAUAUAUCAACACAACAUUCAAUUCGGAGUAUAAUGUACCAUGCAAUAGGGAAGGAUUCAGAACCAAUUCAUCUUCUUCCUUCUGCACAUUUGACUAUCAAUAUAAGUCCGCCUAUUAAUAUGAGAAAAUGUGAAAUGUUGGAUGCACAUGGAAUUCAUCAAUGGUGGAAUCCAGAUUUGCAAGUAGAUUCUAUAGUAUACAGUGUCGAGAAUGGAACUUGUAAUGUGCGUCUCUAUAUGAACACCCAUUUGAGAUUCAUCGUGUCGCACGGGGGAAGGUUUAUUCACGCAGAUGACGAAUGA